AUGCCCGUCGCCCCAAGCUCCGUUCCGGAUUUCGAUGACCUGCCCAAGGUCAAGGACAUGCCGCAGGGCUGUGCUUGGGGUAUUUUUGACCAGGACGGCAAGAAGGAUCUCGUGGGCACACUCAACUUCUUGACGCCGGAAAUUGUCAGAUCUGCGGCCGGCGAGGUCAAGGAUGGAAUGUCCAUUUCUCUGAACUGGCCUCUCAAUGGCUUGUCCAAGCUCGGCAUUCCCGGCCGCAAUCCUACGAAGCACAAUGUGCUGUACCUCCCCGAGUCCAUGGCCGGUGGCGUCCCCCCCGACGCGCCAUCGUGGGACGAUGAGCUGUCCUUCAACACACAAAGUAGCAGUCAAUGGGACAGCCUCUGCCACGUCCAACACCUCCCCUCAGGCCUCGCCUACAACGGCAACAAGCCAACCAAGGAAAACCUCUCCGCCGAGACCACCGCUGAGAAUACCCAGCCGACACUCGACCACUGGCACGAGCACGGUGGACUUGCCGCUCGCGGCGUUCUUCUGGACUACAAACGCUACGCCGAGGAGACGGGCCUCUCCUUCCACGCUUGGGGAGGAGACCGACUGACGGUCGAGCAGCUCGAGGCCUGUGCGGGACAUUUCGGCGUCGAGUUUCGCUAUGGCGACGUGCUUCUCGUGCGUACGGGUGCGACCGAUGUCAUUGCCGCCCCGACGCCCGAGGAUCUGCAGAUGAUGCAAGCGCAACGCAUGAGCGGCCUACACGGCUGCGUCGAGACGGCGCGUUGGAUCUGGAAUAAGCGUUUCGCCGCGAUAGCUUCUGAUUCGAUGGCUCUCGAAGCAUUCCCUCCUCUCAAGGCUGACGGCACCGACGGCGGCCUGGAAGACUUAUUCCUCCAUCACUAUAUGCUGAGCCUGUUUGGCAUGUCCAUUGGGGAAUUGUGGGACUUGAGCAAGCUGUCCGAGUACUGCGCCAAGAGGAAGCGAUACUCGUUUAUGCUCACGUCGAUUCCAUUGAACCAUCCUUGCCUUAUUGGCUCCCCGCCCAAUGCCAUGGCUAUACUAUAG